CAGCCCCUGUGCAGGAAGGAUCUGACCAGACUUUUUCUCCAGCGGUCUGCACGAGACAGCAGUUGGCAGAGUUUUCAGAAGAAGACGUCAAACUUCCCCUAGAUGACCGCUGAAUUGCCCCGCGAAAUUUGAAAGUGACAGGAAGGACUAUUAGCCAUAUACUCCAGCUCUACAGCUGAAGCACUCGAGAACUGCUGCAAGGGACUCUCGCUCACCAACAGAAGCGCCGACAGCGACUGAAAGGCUUCCGAUGGAGUCGCUGCUCCGUAGUCUCAUAUACGAAAGGCAGACAGGAGUGAGGAUGGAGCUGAGAUCCACAAAAGCAAACCACGUGCGAAGGAAUCUCUUUGGUCCCGUGGACCAUGAUCAUUUGCAGCAGGACUUCCAGUACAUACUGUGUGCCAGCAUGGAAAGGGCCAAGCAGAGGUGGAACUUUGACUUUUUGCAAGAGCUGCCAGCUGAGGGCCUUCUGCAGUGGGAGGAGCUACAGGACCACGAGGUCCCUGCCUUUUACCACACAUGUGUGGUAGGGGAGGUUCGCAAACCCCUGCAGCCCAUGAAUCGGGCUAUAGCCAAAGAUGCCAAAGCUCACCAUAUCAGCAAAGUGAAACUGAUGGAGAAACCCAGGCCUGCCAAGAAGAUGCCAAGGAAGAAGAACCUGAAAGGAGAGAAGCGAAGGCAGAUGUCUUUGACUGAUUAUUACACAGCAAAGAAGCAAAUCAAAACAGAUAUGAAAACACCUGUGAAGAGAUUGACCUUCUAGAAUGGAGCAUCAUGUGAUGGAUCUGCACCCCAGAAAGCAGCGGGGAGAAACAGAGCUAUUUGAUAUUAUAUCAAUAUCAAACCAGGAAACAAAUACUGAGGGAACUCUCAUGAAAGGACAGAAAAGCAAAAUGGGAACUUUUAAAACAGCAAGAAACUUUUAUUAGAAUGCAGUUAGGUCAAAUGAACAGGAUACCUUUUCCUCAGGGUUUCCUUAACAAAAGCUGAUACUCAAGGAAGAAACAGGAUAAUUGUAGCAACAAAAGCACCUCAACGGAUAUUGCUUACCUGAAAAUGUUCAGCACGAGGGUAAUGGCUCAAAUUACUGUGUAUGAACAAAUAGUGAGCACCAUUAUAUGGUCUUGCAUGUUGUAUGUUUUUCUACUUAUUUAAUAUAUUGGCUUUCAUUUUGGUGUGAUAACAAUGGUUUAUCAGCUAACUGGGUUUGUUUGGAACUUUUAAAAACUGAAUAAGCAUGCCAAAUCCUUCACUGGUUGGUGUAAAGCCAACCAAACAUUUUGCACCUACGAGUUACUUAUGCACCCAAUCUCAAACUUUGCAUCAGGACUCAGCACCUGUGUUGGGAUUUAUUCUUGCUGACCUGUCACAAUAGCAUGCCGAAGAGGAGUAAGCAAUUUAGACUGAAGAUUUGCACCUGUGUUGAAGCACAGAUUCUUGAUACUGGAAUCCCAGCAUAACCCACCCAAACAAUGGCUGACAUCCUGACUAGGAAAAUGCUUGAGGAAGGCUAUUGUGCUGGAAGAAAACUGCUGCGCUAACUACUUGCACUAUAUCUGGAGCUUGCAUUUCAGUCUAGUGUUGUACUAUUGCAAGAAUGCUUAUGCUGAUGCAACUGCAGCACACUUAAUUUGUCUUAAUGGGGACUUUGCACAAUUGUGCAAAUCCCUCUUUUAGUGCAACAAUGUGAUCUUGCUGUAGCACAAAAGUUACAACAGCAAUUUGUUCAUCAGAAUGUCAGCCAAUGUGAUCAGCAGCAGCUCUUGCUGGAUUUGUACCACUUCAGUCCUGCAGGUGGUGGGGUCAUAUGUUGGUAUGUUUCUCCACAUAAACAACUCCUUAUUAAUUAAAAACAAAACAAAACCCAGCAUGCUCUUGAGGAGGGUUCUAGCUUGCCAUUCUUUCUUGCAUGCAAAUGUUCUGCAUGUAGAAAGGAGGGUAAGGUAAGGUAAAUUUUAUUUCCGUCAUUGACCAGUAAAUAAAGACGGUUAUAGAACAAUACAGAGAGCAGUACAAAAAGCAGUUACAGUAGCUCAGAACAGAUUUUACAGACAAUAUAACAAAACUUAGCUAUUCUGCAAAUAAUAUUUUUAUCAGUAUUUGCCAAUACGAAAUUUAGAUAAAAGUCAUCAGGGCAUCCAGGGAGGUUUUCCAGCAAAGGAGAAAUUAAUCUUAAGCAUAUAUCCAUAUUAAAACCACAGUUUAGAAUAACAUGUGAAGUAGUUUGUAUAGCCCCAGAGCCACACAGACACAGCCAGGAGGAAAAGGGUAUCCCUUUAAACCUACCAUCAAGAUCCGCCAUAGGUAAUGUGUUAAUCCGCGCUAGAGUAAGGGCACGUCUCAAUUUGGGCAGAGAUACCUCACUUAAAUAUUCUGCUGCUUUAAGGCUGGUAAUUUGGUUCCUGGGGAAAGUCCAUAAUAGGAUAGUUUGUCACCAGAGACUUCCAUUUACGUUUACAGCCAUCCAUCAUUAUUAAGGGGGCUAAACCCCCAUGAGUAAGUACUAAUUUUAACCAAAACAAAAUAAUACAACACCAAUAACAUGACUCUAAUCUGAUAAGCCCCACCUCAUGUCUAAUUAUUGCAUUUGGCACACAGCGCGGGACUUGCAAUAUGUCUAAUAAACUUAGCAAAGUUGUUGAUAGGUCCCAAUUGAGCUCCAUAUAGUAGUAAGGGAUACACUUUUGCAGCAAAAAGCCUAAUUGUAGCAGGAAUAAAUGAUGCUCCUCUUGUAGAAUGAUAUAAUUUAAUUUUAUUUAUGACAAGUUGGGAAGUCUGCCUAAUUGAGCUGAAAUGGGCAUUCCUUGAGCCCAAUGAAUGAAAGACUACACCUAGGUAUUUAAAAGAAUUAACCUGUUCAAUUUUAUUACCAUGCAUUAGCCAGUUGUGUAGCCUUGGGUGCAGGGGUGUAGCUAGGGGAGAGGGGGCCCAUGUUCAUCCCUCUCUCUGGCGGCCCCCCAGAAUGAGGGAGAUAAUGAAGAAAAUAGGGAGGGGUGGAGCUGGAGGGCCCUCAGGAGCUGGAGGCCCGUGUUCUUUGAACCCUUUCGCUCAAUUAUAGCUAUGCCCCUGCUUGGACACUUGGCAAAAACUAUUACCUUCAUUUUACGGUAAUUUAUUUCAAUUAAUUCAUUGGCGCAAAAAGAUGUAAAGAGUCUGAGAGCACAUUUUAAACCUAUGGGCAUCUGGGACAUGAUAGCCAUGUCGUCUGCAUAUAGUAAUAUCAGUAUGUUCCUAUUUGCUAAUUUCGGAGAAUGAAUAGAGGAGAUAGACAAACAGGAAACCACUGAGUUAAUAUAGUUAACACUAUAUAGAUAUAUUAAACAAAAUGGGUGCUAAAAUGCAUCCCUGCCUCACCUCUCUAGACCAGAAAGGAGGGCUUUUUCCCUCCCGUGUGGAGAGCAUUCAGACAUGAUCCACUACUUGCAAGCUGGAGUGACACUAUGCGAUUUUGCUAAGUGCGUCGUUCUGCUCUCAGUAGUUAGGUUUACUGAUGCCUAAACAUACACACAGCCUCCUUCUUCAUGCUAGUAGCUCAAUAGCAAAGGAUAGAUGGCAAUCUCCAAGCAUGUUCUGCUAAUAGGUUGUAAUUCUCUGAGGAUAUAGCAUGAACCUGAGGUGUGUUCCUUUGCAUGUAAUAGCCACAUCAACCAAGAUAAUGCUAGGAGUUACCGUAUUUUAUGGACUAUAAGACUCACUUUUUUUCUCAAAAAAUAUCCGCCAAAAUUCAGGUGCGUCUUAUAUGUUUUAACAGUUUAAUAUGUUAAAACUCUGAAAAACCGGAUUAAAAUUAAGGUGCGUCUUAUAGUCCGUAGCGUCUUAUAGUCCGUAAAAUACGGUAUUGCAUGAGCUACACAAAAUAUGUAGCUAGAAAGGCAGAGGGUUUGGGGAUAGGAGUUGAAAGCACUGAAUGGGUCACAUCAGGCAAAAGCCCAACUAGGCAUGACAUUAAUCAUGUCAUUGAUCCUUGCAUGUGUGUUUUUUCAAGUGGAAAUCACAGCCAUGGGGAGAGCAGAUCAGGAUCAUGGCUGCAGCAAGGAGGGAGAGAUUUUUUUAACCCUUUCCCCCUGAUAAAAAUGACCUUUCCCCUGACUGAUAUUUGCCAGAAGAGGAAUGCUUCCGUUAUUGCCCAUGGCAGCCUCCCAAGGCGUGGUCCUUUUCAUCGGGAUGGUAGCUCAGGGACAAAAGAUUUUUUAAAAACCUUUUCACUGGGACCAAAGGUUUUAAAAAAAACACCUAUGUUCCCUCACAUCUGCUCUUUCACUUGAAAAAGUGCACGUGCAAUGGCCAAUGACAUAAUGAAUGUUAUGUGGCUCUGAUAGUUAUUUUAUCUUACUAACCAGAUUUCCAUCUCAUACAAGCAUUUAAUUCAGUGAAUUCUGCUAAUUUACUUCAUCAAAGAUGCAAGUCCAUCUUUCAAAGUCCAUCCUCAGCUGGACUUAAGCAUGUGUAACAGAGCAGGCAUAAAGUCUGGUCCUGAGUGACUACCUUGACAAACAGGUUUCCAAAUCAGUUGAAUGAGCAAGUAAAUGUAUGUUAUAAAUUAACGUAAUAAAAUUGCACUCAAACAAUGGUGGCACCAGAAAAAGAAUUGGGGGGCACAAAAGGGUCAAAGUGCAUUUCUGGGUGGGUGAGCUAUGUUCCACAUUUUAAAUGGCUGAAACACAAAGGGGGGACACCUACUUUUCUGCGGGGAUAUAAUGUGUGUCCCCCCAGAGCCACCAUUGCCCAUAAAAACAACCUUGCAUACCUCAAAAUUAGACCAUAACUCCUAUGAAACAUGUUCUACUUUAAUGUUCAUCUUUUCAAUCUCAUGAAGCCACUGGAUUUGAAUACAUGAUGGUACUAUUUUUGUAAUGUGUGCUUUUGACGUGACAUUGUGUGUAUGUGCUUGCCUUUAAAAAAAUGUUGCUACUGUUGCGCCUUUGGAUUUUUAUACCAAAAAAGUGAUUAUAUGUGCUGAGUCAACUGGAGUUGCAUAGAAUAUGGUUGUGCUACAUUUGGAAUAUUGUGCAACUUGGCUGUUCCAUUUUCCUUCAGGGAAAACAAAUUGUAACCUCUUCAUAGUGUGUGAGGAAUAAUUCUGAAUACUGCUGAACCUGCAGUAAUGUCAUACAGCUCCAGAGAACUCUCCUAAGCUUGGUUUGAAGUUUCAGCCUAGCUCCUUUCAGUUUAGGCCAGCUCUGAAGAGGUUUUUUUUUCUUUUUCUUUUUGUCUAAUACAGAAGAGAGUUCUGUUCACUGAAUCUAUUGAACACAUUUACCUGGGAAUAGAUCCCAUUGUUUGUUACGAUCAAUUAAGCAUGUGUAGGAGUGCAGCUUCAUUCUUGAGAAUAAGCCCCUUAUUCCCUUGAUUUGGGGUAACACCCAUUGAACUCUGUGGGGUUUGCUUCUGAGUAAACAUGCACUGGCCCUGUGUUCUUAAGAUGAAGUUUGAAUUAUUUCGGAACACUUUCGGUUCUCUGCCCAGAAGACGUUGGAGAGGCAUUUCAACGAUUUACAGCUAGGGGGGAAAUGUUGCACUAAGACAUUUGCAUAUUGUCAGAAUCCAUUUCAUUGCAAUGGAAAUGAGAUUCUGUCAGUAUCAGCUUACUAAAUGUGUCCUGCAUAAAGAAAAUGUAUUGUGACUGCAGUUAGUUUGUACUUUGUAAUCCAGAACAAGCCCUACCCCUGUUGUUUUCUUGAUUGCAUUAGCUUUUAAAACAUGUUGACAAUUAAAACAGAACUGUAUUUAGCAACUGA